AUGCACAUCCCAACCACCUUCCUCUCUCUCGUCCUCCCCCUCCUCAUCGGCGCCAAUCCCCUCCCAGCACCACCAACACCCCACGAGCUCCACCCAACCACCAUCCCGACGGGUAUCACGCUCCAAAACUUCACCAGGGACUGUACCAAGCCCGAGACAUGCAACUACAACUUUAUGAUCAACUACGCGCCGUUUGGGAGCCAGCCUUGCUCGGUUGUGGAUACGGUGAAGGCGACGGAUGAGAAGGCAGAUGAGCAUGCUUGGUAUGAUGUUGGGUGUAUUGAGGUGAGUUUUGUGUUGUUUCUUUUUGAUUGUUUUUUUUGGGGAGGGGGUUGGUGGUGGUGGAGGGGGAAAGGAAAGGUAGGGAGAUGAGGGCUAAUAAGAGGUGAUAGAAUCCUAAUACCUGGAAGAUCUCUUGGGGAUGGGAUUACAAGGGCGACUUUGCGGUUGUGACGGUUAAGAAUGCGCCCUUGAGUUAUGCGGCUUUCUUUGGGUAUUCGCAUCCGAAUUCGGCGAGUAAGUUUGAGGAUCAGGGGCCGAAUGCUGUUAAGUUUGUUUGAGGGAUUGGUGAUGGGUGGAGUUUGAGAGUUUGAGAGCUUGAGGAAGUAUGCUUUGUGGUGAGGGGAUGGAGUAAGGAGGGGGUGUGUUGUGUUUUUUUCAUCGGUCUUGCGUUUUGUUGCACUGGUAUGUUUUUGUUGACUUGGGGUGAGGUUGCAGGAGGAAAUUUCGUUGGUGGAAUGGGAGAGAUGGGGGAUUUUUGGUUAUCGGUCGUUAGUAGGGUUUAUUGCUUGUCUUCCGUAGGAAUAGGAAUACAUCUUUCAUGAAUUCCAACUUGAAUCAAAGGGUGUUCAUGCGAGUAUGUUAAGAUGGUG